AUGAACUAUCGUCAACUCACCCCUCCAACUCUGUUGGAGACUGACUGCUAUGAAGUGCAAUGCCCUGGUGGCAGCGCCAGCACAGUCGGCGUAGACUUCGACUGGUCACCAGAAACGGCAAUAACAUCUGCUACUACGCCACCGCAUUCGCCUCCAAGGGCACGAGAGUGUGAGCCAACGCUCUUGCCUAAGAUCCGACCUCAGGAUCAGCUUCUGGAGCCGGGUAAUAUCCCAUCAUACUAUGGUCAUUCCAGGACAGCAUCUCUGCCAAGCCACUGUCUGCCACAGCAGUAUCAACAGCCAUCAUGCUACCCAAGUACAGAGAGACAUUCGGUCAGUCCGCCCGCCUUGAUGUACCUUGCAUCACCCCUGUCCGUGCCAUCUCCUUUCGACCACAUGAUCAACGACGAAGCAAGCUCGCGAAGACCUUCGCUCCACAAUGUAAGCGUAGAUGCUUCUAUGCUCAGUCGAUAUGGUUAUCCAACCUAUCGUCAUAGCCCGACACCGCAGCCGGUAAUCCAUGGCCUGCCAAUGACAAGAACGCCUAGCGCUAUGAGCUUUCUCGCACCAAUUGUCAUGCAAGGGAGCGGCAUGCAGUCCUACCCGCAACGUCGCCGGACAGCCAGUCCACCUGCUCGACCAUCCCAGCUGUCACAUGAGGUAGAAUACGAUCCAGCUCUCGAUCUCGAGACGAUCACUACUUUGAACUACCUCACGUCGACCAACCCAGCGCCGUCUCUUGUGCAAAAGACAGCCGAGCCACGUCGCGGUCAGGACACUCACUUCUGGUACGAUGUUCGAAACGUCAGAGCCUGGUCACACUUCGAUGUUCGCACCAUCACUGCUGUCCCGGAAUUAUGGAAGCUGCUGCAAACGCCUGUGGCACGGCGUAUGCUACCAGAAGCUGGCCGUGUAAACACUAGUCCAGAGACAUCAGCACAGCUGGUCGACGCCUGUGCGCAGCAUCAUGCGGUCAAGGUCAACGCUGCACUAAAGCUUGCACAAGGCGAUAAGCACAUGGCUAUGCGAACACUGAAGCUUACUCCUAGCAGUCGACAACAGCCGGAGUUCGUUUCGAGCUACCAAUCAGAUGCUGAAAAGACCAUAUAUGGUGAUGGUCGAGGCAGGGUUGUCGGCAUUGUGAAGUGCCAUGACCAAUGGAACUCCGGCAUGCGUAACGGCGACCCGACAGCUCGUGUUGACUACUUGCAGACACUGGCAAAGCUGCAGCGUUUCAUGCGGGAGCACGGUACACGGUACGGCUUCAUCAUGACCGAAAUCGAGCUCGUUUGCGUACGUGCAGGUGGUCCACCUUCUGAGGAGACAGAUAAGCCACUAUUCGGCUUCCUUGAAGUCGCGGCUGCCAUACCCAUCGCUGCUUCUGGCAACAAUGAGAACGGCAACCUGCAAAUGACAACCGGCCUCGCUCUCUGGUGGCUACAUAUGCUGGCUCGAGACGAGUUGUUCCCAGGACAGUAUCGCUGGCGACUGAAUGUUGGUCCACCUGGCGAGCUUACGCGCCAGAAUCAUCUGAAUGACAGAGAUUCUUGGAUGCCGAAGCCGACGCAGAAGGAGAAGCGUGAUGCGAAGCGGGUGAGAGGAUGGGUCUUUCCGGACGAACCGCUGUCCAAGCGUGAAUGUGGAAAGAUGAAGCGUGUCAAGGCUUAG